AUGCUCUCUUUCACUCGACAUGCUUUUCAUACAUUACGCAGCAUGACCCACCCGCUACUGGUCGUGGUGGGUACCACGGGCGUCGGAAAGUCGCAGUUGGGGAUUGAGUUGGCCAAAGCGUUGAAUGGAGAGGUUGUGAAUGCGGAUUCAAUGCAGGUUUACAAAGGGUUGGAUAUCGCUACCAACAAAGCAACAACAGAAGAACGAGAUGGUAUUCCACAUCAUUUAAUGGAUUUCGUGGAUCCCAGUCGAGAGUACUCUGUUUCCGAAUUCCAACGAGACGCACUGCAAGUGAUUUCCCAAAUCCAUUCUAGAGGCCAUACACCCAUUCUCGUCGGUGGAACAAACUACUACAUCCAAUCCCUCUUAUGGCGAGAAAGUAUCAUUGCCUCUGCAUCUGAACCCGAUUUGAGUGCACCGGAUAUACGACAUGAGAGUCUUGCUAGUCAUCCAUUGGCAGAUCGGAUGGCGCGGGCAUUGGAUGCUACGGAUCCUAAACGGCGGUCCAUGAAAGAGAUUGCAGAGUUUGUGGGGACGAAUGAAUUGGCGGAGUUGGUUUCUUGUGUAGAUCCUGUUAUGGCGGAGCGAUGGCAUCCUAAUGAGGACCGAAAACUUCGACGAAGUCUUCAGAUUUUUUAUACCACUGGAAAACCCCACAGUGAAUGGAUCGCAGAACAACAAGCUUCAACAAAGGAUACAUUGAGAUUCAAAACAUGUAUAUUCUGGCUUUACGCCGAUCCACCCGCCUUGUACCCCCGCCUCGACAAACGAGUUGACGAAAUGAUCAAAUUGGGUUUAUUCCCAGAAUUACUCGACAUGCGAAAAAAACUCGUUACCGGCCAAGUCAUUGGUACACCCACGCAAGACCACACCCCUUAUAAUUACACACGAGGGAUAUUACAAGCCAUUGGUUUCAAGGAAUUCGACACAUACUUUUCCCAUCUUGAAUCCCCUGGCGCGGAUACGGAUGUAGAUAGUCUUUGCGCGCAGGGUAUAGAGAAUAUGAAAAGAGCAACAAGGCAAUACGCUCGUCGACAAGUAACGUGGAUUAAAAAUAAACUUGCGACAAGGUGUUUUGGUGUAGAGGGUGUUGAGUUUUUUUUGUUGGAUGCGUCAAGUCUUGAUGGGUGGAAUCAAACCAUUCGAGAUCCGGCAAUCCAAAUCGCUAAAGAUUUCCUCGAAAACAAACCGACACCCUCCCCACACACCCUAACACCCCUCGCAUCAACCCUCCUCCCAACCCACUCCAAAACCCCACAAUGGAAAAAACAAACAUGUCCAGUUUGUGUCGACCGGGAUGGAAAGCCGCGGGUUUUGAAUGGGUCGUUGGAGUGGGAUGUACAUGUUCAAACGAGGGGUCAUAGAUUACGAAUGCAAAAGAUGGAUCAAGUGGUUUAGGGUGGUAGUAUAAUGGUUUUUUGGAGAGUUGUGUGUGUUUUUAUAAGUUAUUGUGGUAUGGUGGAUCGAGUAUGUAAUGUGAAUCAAUGAAUAAACAAAAAACAAAACUCGAUGCAUACGUUGACAUACGAAUCAUUCCUCCAAAAAAAGAAAUGUAUAUUAAAAAAACUAGAAUAUAAA